AUGUGGGAGCCGAUGCCAGAGGGCAUGGCGGAGGGAUGGACAGGCGUGAGUGCGGUGGUGCAUGACACGCUUGUGACCCUGGUGCAGGAGGGGAAGAACCGCAGGUGCGUUCUAAAGCCAUGCAAAGCGGUGGUGUGCGGUGCUGGUUGGUGGGAUGAGAGGUGUGGUCCUGUACUGGUUAAGAGCGGGGACAGAUGGGAGUGCGGUGGCAUGGGUGCAGUGGAGCAUGCCGCGCUCGACACUGUCGUGCAGGAGGGGCAGACCCGCAGUCUUUUUUCCUACUGCCCGGAAAUCGACAAGUGGCAGCAGGUCAUUGGCCCUCCUUUGCCCCUCUUCCUACGCCCACCUCUGCGCAUGGCUGCGUGCGGUAACAGUUGUCUUUUUGUGGUAGGCCGGGGUUUGGAGGUGGUGAUGGGGAGGAUAAGCGAGGAAAGCAGGCGGGGAUUGUGCAGGAAGGGGAGGAGUUCUUUGGAUGGGGAGCAGGAGGAUUGGGAGAAAAACGGGAGUGAAAAUUGUGAGUCUCCGCCGUCCAUCUCCAUCACCAACCGCACUCUCCGCCCACGCUCCACUGCCCAUUCCGCAUCACUCGCUACCAUCGCAAAGAAACCACAUCAACACCACUCCAUCAUGGGUGCUACUGACGCCGCUACCCAGCAGUCCGUUGCCGUUUCCGCCUCGGCAUCCGAGCCUUGGGAAGACGCGAUGCGGGCUGAGCUUGCCGCGUGGUUCCAAAAUCCCGACUGGGUCGACGAGACGCCGUCAAUGACGGUUUCCGUCGGAUCUAACGCCCACUGUCAACUCGACGGAGUCGCGACCGUCGGCCUUCCCCCGGACACGGUCUUCUCCAUAGUAUGCGACCCGCACAACAGCCGCGUAUUCAAGAACAUUAAGUCUGUUAAGAACGAGCGGGUCGUUAGUGACAAUAACGGGGUGAAGGAGCUCGAGAUGGACAUGGUAUUCGCCUUCCAGCUGCCAUUCUUUACAGGCACAUUCGACGCGCACAUGCGCAUGGUGCACGAUCGCCCGAACCGCAAAAUGUCCUUCGAACUAGCGCGUCCCGGCCUCAUGCGCAAGUUCGAGGGCUUCUGGCAGGUCGAGCCGCUCGUUGUCCCCGCUUCCGCCACUUCCGCCUCCGCUGCCUCCGCCACCUCCGCCACCUCCGCCCCUUCCACCAUUUCCGCAACUUCCUCCGCUUCCGCCGAUUCCGACACCGCUUCCGCUCCGUCCUCCCCGCUAUCCGAUACCUUCCAUCCCGCCAGCGACUGGGACAGCAGCAGCGCCUGCAGCAGCCCGGAGCGCAACUUCGCCGCAGACUCCGCCGCAGAUCUCGCUGCAAAGACGACGAAGACGAGCGCGACGACCCCGUCCGACGGCGCGCGCGUGGCGUCGCGGCUCGUGCUGCAUCAGGUCGUUCAGCCGUCCGUUGCGCCGCCCGACCUUUUCAAGCGGUGCAUCCACAUCGUUCUGCAAAUGGCUACUAAAGACGUCCUUAAAGUGUUCCAGCGCGAAGCCGCAACGAUUAGGAACAGCAACGGGCAGGAGCAGGAGACGCAGGGAGGAGAGGAGAAGAAAAAGAAGAAGCAAGGCGCUGACGUUAAGGCCGCGGCUGUUGCGGGGGGCGUGGCCGGCGCGGUUGCCGGCGCCGUUGCGGGAGCUGCAGCUGGCGUCGCCGUCGCGAAGAAUGCCGAUUCCAUCAGGCUCGCGUCGCGCGUGUGGGGGCUAGUGAAGGGCAAAGCUUAA